AUGUUUCUGAAAUCAUCAAUUUUGGUUGUACUUGUACUAUCUGCCACGUGGAUUCGAGCUGAAGAAGAGAUGGCAAUUUAUGACGAAGUUGAAGAUGUGACAGGAAAUAAUAAAACUAUUUCUGGAGAAGUUGAAAUUUCUGAUUCAAAAGCAGAUGAAAAAGAAGAGAAAAAAGAGAAAAAGAGAGCAGUCGAUGAGGGAAAUUCGAUUCAGGAGGAAGUGAAGGCAGAACUUGACAAAGCGGUUGAAAGCUUGAAAGAGACCGCAAAAGAGAGAUUGGAAGAAGAAAGAGAAAGAGAAAAUGGACUUUUAUCCCGAUCCAAUCUUGAAUCUUGUGGAGCUGUCGACUGCAACCAUCGAGGAACUUGUCUUGGAUCGAAAAACACUUUCAUCUGUGCUUGUCAAUUAGGAUUCUCAGGAAAAACCUGUGAAGAGACUGUUUGCGAUUCUGCUCGUGACUGUAAUGGCCGUGGAUUGUGCUUUGGGACCACCAACCAGUUGACCUGUCUCUGUAAUCUGGGGUUCACUGGAAAACGCUGUCAAACUCCAAUUUAA